CACAGUUAGACGUCACUAUUCAAAUAGUCUUCAUCUAUAACUCAUUUCCCUCACUACUCAUCUAUUUGACCCAUUUUAUAGCCAAAGGCCAAUAGUAUUACAAUGCAUCUUGUCUCUACGGGGUAUCUCGAUCUUCUCGACUGGAACAGUUAGUCGGUAGAAUAUUUUCCUUUUGAAUAUGCCUCCUCUGCUUGCAUUAUGUGGUAACCAAGUAAUUUUUAAUGGACAUGCAUAUCGAUGCCUGAGUUUGGCAUAGGCAGAUCCAGGCUCUUCGAACAGGGGAGUUUGGAAGGAGGCUGGGGAGUUUCUUCUAAACAUUUUCUGAAGUUUUAAAGCAUCUAAUAAGCAUAGUUAAGUCAAUUUCGUCAUGAAUAAUUAUGAAAUGUAUGAAAGCGCGUGGCUAUUAGAGCACGACUAUUGGUGAAAGUGGAGUGAAAUAUCGUAAUUGUCAAUAGCAACUUGUUGACAAGUCGGCGAAAAGUGAACGGCAUAAUGCUAGGAAUAAGGGUGGCUCUGGUGAUUACUCUGGUCGUGUUUGGUGCUCUCCAAUGCUGCGCCCAGCUUAUCCCCAGCGAACCUGCUGUGGUCGCAGUAGAGGACUUGGAGUACCCCAACGAGGACCUCGGCUACUACUCGGGCGGUGACACCGCCUACUUCGACGUCCCGCAGGCGGAGCCCUACUUAGCCGAGGAAUACAAUCCGCUCGACGAAGAGAUCAUCGCCUACGACGACGAUGGCCAGGCGCUUGGACCCCCCAUGAUCGAAAAAUAACUUAGUAGGGUGUAGCUCGAUAUCAGUGGCGUGGCGUGCUUCGCGAUAUAUCGAUUUAUCCGUCAUUUAAACCGAUGGAAAAGGAUCGAUCACUGG